AUGACCGCCGCCGCCGCUGCGCUCUCUCUCGCACCGCACCCGGUGCCGCCGUCGCACUUCGCGCAGUCAGUACUCAGUACGUCGCUAACCGCACCGAACGUCACAAGUCGCGGUCGAUCGUCGUCAUUACACACCGGUGUUAGUCGUCGUCGUCGUCGUCGUGUUGUUUUGUUGUAGCUUUUAAUACUUUGCGCGCGACCACCCUUCCCCAUCAACACACAUCCCAAUCGAUAAUGCCGUACGCCGCUGCCACGAUAGUUUCGGCGAUAUCGUCCGGAUAGAGAAGGUCCCUGCCAGUCUCUUCCAGUGAUAUUAUACAUAUUGUACAUAGGUAUUGCAUAAAACUAUCGAUAAAUCCUUCGCCGCCGCGUGUGCGUUUGUGUAAAUGUUUGUGAACCGUCAGCGAAACCAGCUCGGUAGCGCAGUCGUAACCAUCAUCGUCGGACGCACUAGGAGGCCCAGAACGAUCCCACCGGGACACUCGUUCUAAGGCUCUGGGAUCGAAAUCGUCUGAUGCUUCUGCCAACAAAUGUUUUAACCGAUGAAAAUUAUGUAACCGAGGAAGAAGACGAUUAUCAGUGGUGGACCGAGGAGGACCUGUGGAAGUUUCCCCCGCCGCCUCCCCGUCCACCGUUCCUGGAGCCCCCUUAUCCGGACGGCCUGACCACUUGCGACCUGUGCACAUGGGCCCUACAACCUCUAGACGGCACUGACAACGGUAUGUUGACAGUUCCCAUUGCCGAGGUGACGUGGCCCAUGAUAUUGGUCUUGGUGUCGUUGCUGUCCGCCGCCAUCGGCGCCCUCUUCAUGGUCGUCUUCCUACACCUAAAACUACGACUUUCCGGACGCACAGCGCCAUCUCGGCCAGAAUGUUUGGUGUCGUUCGAUCCGCCCACGGACCGGGUGCACCAUCAUCACCACCAUCAGCAGUUGCACCACCACCAGCGGCAGAUCGCCCAGAUAGCGGCGGGGGACCACCACCACCUGAACCACUUGAACCACAUGAACCACCUGAACAACCAGCUGAAUAACCGUCGCGCCGGCCCAAUUGUCCGGCGGUCUGGCGGCCCGGACGGCACGUCGUCCAUCAAGCACACCGGACCGGGACGGCCGUCGGGUGGCGGUGGCGUCCGUAACGGCAUCGGCGGUGGCGGUGGUGGCGGCGGGGGAGUCGGUGGGGGCCUCAUCGGAGGCAUGAUCGGCGGGGGUGACGACGGCGGUGUCGGUGGCGGUGGCGUCGGGCAUCAACUGUCCGUGAACCCGGGCGAUUGGUUCCGGUGGUUCCGUCGGAAACGCGGUGCCGUGCUGCCGCCGGACGCCGUGCCGUCCAAUCAGAACGCCGUUCGGGCCAACCAUUACACGGUCGAAGAAGCGGCCGCUGCCAUACCGGUGGUGGUGUACGCGUCCGUCAUCGGUGGAGGCCAGGAUGACGGGCCGCACAACAUGUCACCACCGCCGCUGUCGGCUGCCGACGACGUGCUGUACACCGAGCUGGACCGGGUGCCGACGCCCGCUUACCACAACGCUGGUUACGCGUUCGACCAGCACAGCAGCGCCUACUACUCGGACAUGUACGAACCAAUCGACCCCUAUCACAAUAAUCAUAACCAUCAGCGGCAGAACUCGCUGCCGUCCGACUACGUCUGAUAUUACGCCCGGCACGCGCCGCCCGCGACUCGCCGCCGCCGCCGCAGCCGACGACGACGAUCGCACGCCGCCGCACUGCCGGUCUCGGUGCCAACGGUUUCGCGCGUGUACCGUGAAAUAUUAAAAUAGAACUAGUCGCUGCGCACGUCUAUCGAAAAUGCAGUUUUACGGCCCUGCACCACGACGAUGCACCAAUGCACUAAUGCACUAUACGCAACGAUACGUCAUCGUAACUGCCGAUGAUUUCGUCGCAGAUCGAUCGAUUACGGCAGUCGUUCUAAUAUUAUAAUUUGUGAUAUUAAACAUCGUACCGACAACAGCUGAUAUCGACCCAUUUCAGCCGAUGACGAUUAGAUGACGCACCGUGAUUACCAAAAACUACCACUACACGGCUGUCGAAUAUUUAAUAUUAUCACGUUAGCGAAAAUCACAUCAUGUCGGACGUUUUAAGAUGAUUAUUAUUAUCAUCAUCAUCAUCAUCAUUAUUAUUAUUAUUAUUAUUAUUGUUUAGUGCAAACCUAAAGUUAUUAUUUUUCUUUUUAAUCUUACGUUUAAGUGUAAUUAUAGACUUUUUUUUGCAUAAGUGUUUUAAUUAGUUGUUGAUUGUUUAUAAAUACCUACAUAAUAUUUCCAGUGAUAAUAAUUAAGUGUAUAUACUAUAUAGUACCUAUAUUAUGUAAUAUAUAUAAUAUUAUUAUUGUUUAAUAACGAACACAGUGUAGCGCCCGCGACUUAAAUGCUAAUAACUUAAUGUGUAUAUAAUGAUACGUUUGCGUUCAACUCUCACCGUAACGACGAUCUUUAAUGUAAUAUUACAAUGUAUAUAUAAUAUAAUAUCGUCGUACGCGCAUAAUUAGUCACGAAUGUUAUUUUUUUACGUACAUAUAUUUAUUAAAAAAUAAUAUGUGUAUAGAUUAUGUACAAACAUGAAAUAUGGUUA